GCUCACUUCACACUCACGGCCUCGUUGUAAGCACGGAGCCACCUCCGAAACACGUGUGUGGGGGGGUAUAGAACGUACCCCGAACCACACACACACAGGCUGAGGCAGGUGACGAAACCUUGCCGGCAGGGGCGAGGUGGCGAGGAAGGCGACAGAUGAGCCGGCGGCGGCCAGUGAGACAGAGGAGCCCGGAGCGGGCGGGCGGAACCGCGGGGCCUCCUGUGAUGUCGCCGGCGCGCGGAACGCGGUCGUCUGGACGACCCGGCACCCCGAGGGGCAGGUGUGUGUCCCGUGCCCCCCGCAGGGACAGCAUGGAGCGCUUCUCGCUGCUCAGCAUCUCGGGGCCCCGGGCCUCCUCCUCAGCUCUGACCGCCCUGCCUGGCCUCCCGGCCCCGCGGGCCACCAGCCUGCCCGACGUUGCCAAGCCCACGUCCCCCACGGAGGUGCCCAGCCCAGCGCGGGCCCCGCCGCCGCCGCCACACACGAGCAGCGCUCUCCGGCAUGGGGUGGUGCUCUCGCCAGACUGCGUGCUCGGGGAGCCCCCGGACGGGGCGCGGCCCAGGCGGAGCUGCACCAUCUACCGGCCCUGGUUCUCCCCGUACAGCUACUUCGUGUGCCUGGACAAGGAGAGCCGCCCCGAGGCCCCGGGCCUCCCGGAGCUGCCGCGGGAGGAGGGCCGGGGGGACGGCCGGCUGCCCGAGGACGCGGCCGACAGCGCCUGCUCCUCCGCGUCCUCCCCGGACAACGCCUGCCCCCGCGAGGCCCCCGCCAGCCCCAGGCCCGGCCCGGACACCGCGGACCACGUCACGUCCCAGGACCUGCUGCGGGCCUCCCGGGGGCUGCCGGCCCCGCCGAGCGGCUUCAAGUGCGCGGCCUGCUGCCGCAUGUACCCCACCCUGGGCUCCCUGCACAGCCACGUCCGGGGCGGCUUCCGCGAGGGCUUCAGCUGCCGCGUCUUCUACCGCAAGCUCAAGGCCCUCUGGGCCCGGCCGGCCGACAGGCUGUCUUCGUCCCUGGGCGGCUGCCGGGCCCACAAGUAGCCUGGGGGCCUGGCCCGCGGGGACUGAGCCUGCGUGUCUCCGGAGAGAGGCCAAUAAACCCGUUACCACCGCUCGUCGGGUCUGAGUCACCCGGCGCCACCUGCUGGCGGCCGGCCCCACGCCGCGCCCCCCCCCUCCGCUCCCUGUUGCCUGGCAACCCCAGACAGGCCUGCCUGUCCGUUUUCUUCUCCCUCUCUUCCCCCCAUCAAUGGCACCCGCAGUUUGGGGGGGUCCACUGGGAGGGCAGUGAGUUCUCAGCCUGAGGAGCCCAGACUGGCACUGUCAGCUCCAGGGACCCCGAGGGGAGAA